GCCCUGCAGCCAUAAACUCAGUGACGGUUGGCCUCGCUGGUCUGGGUCUUGAGCGUUAACUGAUUUUGAAGUUUCCUAAUUUGGCUCCGGAGGUUCUUUUACAGUGUCUCUAAAGUGAGUGAAAGGAUAAAAUUCCUGCAGUCUGGGGAAAAGCAGAAGCAAGAAUUGGCUUAAAGAUGUUUAAGAAUAAUGUUACUGAACAUAAGCUAAAUGUGGAAGCCAUAAUCAAAAACAUUCACACAAUUUCUUUGGAGUUGAAAAAGAUGAAAGAGCACGCCCAGUUACUGCUUUGUGAUCUUACUCUACAUUUCAGUCAUCCUCCAAAGACAGAGGACUUAACAGAAACGGAAGGAAACAAGCCCCUCUAUGAAGAGUCCAAAAUCUCAGAUGUAUCCCUUGCUUCUAACAGGUUUUUUAUCUGAUUUCUUUUUUGUUUGUUGUGAAUUUGUUUGUAUUGUUGUAUUAACAAAUAUAUGGGAGAAUUGAAUUUACUAAUGUGUUUACUAUGAUUAAAAACAAA